UUGGCAAACGAAGGCUCGCCGCGUAUCAGUUCGUAGCGGUCGGUCGUGUGGAAGAGUUCGGAGUCUAGCCAGAGUGUGUGAGACAAGUUUUGCGUGGAAAUUUUGCGAAAUCCAUGAAUAAGUGAUCGAGUGUGCAAAUUCGGUGUUUAAACAUUGUUUGAAAAACGGCAUAGUGAUCGGUUCCAUCUUGCUCUUCAAAAGGUGAACCGCCACUGCUGCGAUUUACUUUCCAGCCCCAACCAAACACCCCCGCACUCCGGAAGUAAACUUGAGGCAGUCAGAAAAAGGAAGACGCUCACAGUAUGAAUUUUAAAACAACGUUUUAGCGCUGCAAAAGUUGUAGGUCGACCAGUUGAGUUGAGUUCAGUGCGUGCCGGUUCGAUUCCCGUUUAGAACAGUUCUGUUUGAGUGCGCGAGCGCAGCGUGGUGUUAUCGGCUGUGUCGAAGGUCGCGAACAGUGUGACAAGUCUGAGUCUCGGAGGUAACGUUUACAACCUGAGAUUGGUUGGUCAACGAACUGUCCGAAUUUCCGGAAGCUGAACAAGUGGUGUUAUCUUUUCACCGGAGGCGAAUCCAGUUUCCAGCAUAAAGAUGUUGAAUCCGUUAGUACAUCUGAUUAAAGGAGCCGAUCGCAUCCCCACGCGGUUCAAUGUCGCCAUCAUGCUGUUCCUGGCCUGCUUCGUCAGCUACAUGCUGCGCGUAAACAUUUCGGUCAAUAUCUUGGCCAUGGUCAAACCCACCCAGAGCCAACUCGCGCCCAAACCCCAAGCCCAUGCCCUCGUGGCACCUCUGAACACUAGCAGUGCCUUCGGCGAUGACGAGGACAGCUUCGACGGCAACGGCACUUCAACAACAAGCAUUCCGUUCACGACGACGGCGUUGACACCGGAGCUGAUGGACUACGGACCCCGGUACAACUGGUCCUCGCACGACCAGAGCCUCAUUUUGGGGGCGUACUUCUACGGCUAUCUGCUCACCUCGCUGUCCGGGGGGGUCCUGGCGGAACGGUUCGGCGGGCGCAACCUGGUCGGGUUUACGCUCGCGGUCAGUGCCCUGCUGACGGCGCUGACACCGCUGGCCGCCAACUAUGGCUUUUGGGCGAUCGUGGCCAACCGGGUGCUGCUGGGCGUUUGUGGGGGUGCCCUCUAUCCGGCCCUGCACCAGCUCGUUUCCAAGUGGGCUCCACCGAACGAGAAGGGCAAAUUCAUAUCGAUGCUGAUGGGUGGAACCUUCGGCACGGUCAUUACGUGGCCCCUGGUCGGUGUCCUCAUCGAGACCCUCGGAUGGUCGUUUGCCUUUUACGUCCCAGCCGUCAUCACCGCCGUCGUCACCAUGUUCUGGCUCAUCCUGGUCGCGGACUGCCCGGCCAAACAUCCGCGCAUCAAAAAAUCCGAACAGGAGUUCAUCCAAAAGUCCUUCGGAGAUACCAUGUCCGCGCACAAGAUGCUGCCGCCGGUGACCAAGGUGUUGACAUCGGUUCCCUUCAUGGCCCUGCUGGUGCUGCACUUUGGCAACCUGUGGGGACUGUACUUCCUGCUGACGGCGGCGCCCAAGUUUAUGAGUGAAGUGCUGGGCUUCAAGCUGGCCAAGGCCGGAUUCUUGGCCGCCCUGCCCUACCUGGCCCGUGCGCUGGCCGCAUUCGCCUUCGGCAGCGUCGGAGACUACAUCCGGAAGAAGUCGUUCUUCGGCGUCACCACAAUUCGCAAAUCGUUCUGUUUGUUCUCUCACAUCAUCCCCGGAUUGUUCCUGGUCGGUCUGAUCUACGCCGGGUUCGACCCGUACGUGUGCGUCGCGAUCAUCACCCUGUCGCUCGGCUUCAACGGUGCGUCCAGCGUGACGAACCUGCAGAACUCGCAGGAUCUGGCGCCCAACUUUGCCGGAACGUUGUACGGGAUCAUCAACUUUGUCGGCACGACCAGCGGGUUCAUUUCGCCGAUGCUGGUGGCGCACUUUACCGCCGUGCGGAGCACCAUGGACGAGUGGCGGUACGUGUUCGGAAUCGGUGCCGCGGCCUACAUCAUCCCGGCCGUGGUCUUUGUGCUUUUCGGUUCCGGCGUGGUGCAACCGUGGAACGAGCCCCAGCACCAGAAGCCGCAGGAUGUGGAGAAGACGAAAAAGAAGGUGGAAGCCGUCAGCGAUGAUCGACGACCUCGGGAAACUUUCUAAGGACUCGGCGAUACCUCGCUGGCGACGUAACGCUUCUCCUCACCUGUUGAUCCAGUACGAAAAGCCUUCUUGUGUACAUAUAACCGAUAGUCUCUGAGGGUAGCCGAGUAAUACGUUAGGAAACACAUCUGAAAGCGAAUCUCAUAUUGCUAGUGAUAGUCAACUAUACCGAUUAAGUGAGCCACAAACGAGAAGUAUUAUUAGCUAGGGCAAGAUAUAAAUAUCGCAAAUUGGUGUAUAAUUUUGCAGAAACCCAACACAGACACAAACAUGCAAAGCCUAAAUUAUGCAACCUCCCGUGCAAAAAGUAAACUUAAGCAAGUACACAAACCAGUAGAUAGCAUUUUUAUGUAAUGAGCAGAUUUUAUGCUCCCAUUUGGCUGCUGGAGCCUCAGCAGCAGCAGCAUUAACUCUGCGGCAAUAAUAAUAAAACAUGUCAUUUGAAA